AAGAAAUGCAAGUUUAAAUGGAGCAUCACCCGUCAGGAUGAUUUUGAACAAGAUACUCUGCAAUAUCAAAAAUUGAAGGCCACCCAUCCACCAUGUCCUGCACAACCGAAGCUUUGGUGGUCGAUUCCGCUGGGGCUGAUCCUCAGCUCAAGACGGUUUCUUUGGGCCCUCUCCAGGACAAGGAGGUGCUGGUCGAGAUCCACGCGACAGGUAUUUGUCAUACGGAUAUUGCGUGUAUGGAGGGUAAAUUGCCAGCUGAAUUUCCGAGUAUUCUAGGCCAUGAAGGAGCCGGAGUCGUCCUCAACGUGGGACAAAACGUCAGUGAUGUCCAAGUCGGCGAUAAAGUCCUUAUCAGCUACAGUUUCUGCGGGAACUGUCCUCAAUGCACAUCAGAACAUCCCGCAUACUGUCAAAAUAUGGUUCAAAUGAACUUUGGUGGAAAGCGCCUGGAUGGCACCAGAACUAUCUCCUUGCCUAACGACCCUACAAGAGACGUUUUUGCCAACUUCUUUGGGCAAAGUUCGCUGUCUCGCAUUGCGCUGGUUAAUCAGUCGUCUUUGGUUCCUGUUCCUGCUUCGACGCCUUUGGAGCUUUUUGCGCCGUUGGGGUGUGGGCUGCAGACUGGUGCAGGUGCGAUCCUAAAUACACUCAAAGUUAAACCAGGGAGCUCCGUCGCAGUCUUUGGAGCGGGAUGUGUUGGACUCAGUGCCAUUAUGGCUGCCAAGGUCCGUAAAGCAGAGAUUAUCGUCGCCGUUGAUCUGCAGCCGGCACGACUUGAGCUCGCAAAAGAGCUAGGCGCAACACACACCUUUCUGGGCACUGAUCCAAAUCUAGCGGAACGCAUUCGGGAACUACGCGAGCCAGGAAUGGACUUCGCGCUUGAUUGCUCCGGUGCACCAGCCGUGAUAGAGACAAUGAUUGACUGUCUGGGAAUUCGUGGACGAGGGGCAAGUGUUGGGGCUCCCGCACCGGGAAGAAAAGUGGGUGUGGAUGUAUUUGCGCAUCUUACAAUGGGCAAGGAAUAUGUGGGUUGUCAUCAGGGAGAUUCCACGCCGCGGGAGAUGAUUCCGUCUCUUAUCCAGCAAAAUGAAAAAGGAAUGUUUCCGCUGGAGAAGAUGGUUGAAUACUACGACGUCAGGAACUAUCCGCAGGCAUUUGAAGACAUGAAGAAGGGGAGGGUUAUUAAACCUGUGUUGAGAUGGUUUUGAGCUUUAUAGCCCAAUGAGAUAAGCAUCCAGGAUAGUGUGAGCAUAUAUUUGAAUGCCAUGAGAUAAAUUGCCC